GACCAAAUAAUGAACUAAACAUGUAAUUCAACAGUCAUGGCUGUAACUACAGUAGUGCUCCUCGCUUUAUUUGUGGCCCUGUUUGCUCCCGGCACAGCCAACAGUGAGACGGAAGUAGCAGACCCCGAAAACGUAGCAAAAGCAGAACUAGUAAAGAAAGAGAACACACUACUAGAGACGAGAGGAAAGAGAAACAAAAAUAAAAAAGAUAAGGCCGGUCCAAGAAAAAACAGAAAAAACAGAAAGAGAAAGCCACUACCGGAGGAAGAUCCGAACACAUUCCUUGAACAUGUAGCCGAUUGCUUUUUCGAACCAGGAGAUCGCAUAGAGAGUGACAUUUUUAAUCUUUCCGGAGAAGAAGAACUAGAGACGAGAGGGAGGAGGGGAAACAAUAAGAAAAAUAAAUCUGCUCCAAAAAAAAACAGAAAAAACAGAAGGAGAAAGCCAGUACCGGAGGAAGAUCCGAACACAAUCGUUGACCAUGCAGCCGAUUUCAUUGGAACCGGUGCAAAUGCCGUUGCUGAUUUAGCGAAUGGCAUUUUAGGUGGUAUUUUCGGAGAAGAAGAACUAGAGACGAGAGGGAGGAGGGGAAACAAUAAGAAAAAUAAAUCUGCUCCAAAAAAAAACAGAAAAAACAGAAGGAGAAAGCCAGUACCGGAGGAAGAUCCGAACACAAUCGUUGACCAUGCAGCCGAUUUCAUUGGAACCGGAGCAAAUGCCGUUGCUGAUUUAGCGAAUGGCAUUUUAGGUGGUAUUUUCGGAGAAGAAGAACUAGAGACGAGAGGGAGGAGGGGAAACAAUAAGAAAAAUAAAUCUGCUCCAAAAAAAAACAGAAAAAACAGAAGGAGAAAGCCAGUACCGGAGGAAGAUCCGAACACAAUCGUUGACCAUGCAGCCGAUUUCAUUGGAAACAGUGCAAAUGCCGUUGCUGAUGUAGCGAAUGGCAUUUUAGGUAUUUUCGGAGAAGAAGAACUAGAGACGAGAGGGAGGAGGGGAAACAAUAAGAAAAAUAAAUCUGCUCCAAAAAAAAACAGAAAAAACAGAAGGAGAAAGCCAGUACCGGAGGAAGAUCCGAACACAAUCGUUGACCAUGCAGCCGAUUUCAUUGGAACCGGAGCAAAUGCCGUUGCUGAUUUAGCGAAUGGCAUUUUAGGUGGUAUUUUCGGAGAAGAAGAACUAGAGACGAGAGGGAGGAGGGGAAACAAUAAGAAAAAUAAAUCUGCUCCAAAAAAAAACAGAAAAAACAGAAGGAGAAAGCCAGUACCGGAGGAAGAUCCGAACACAAUCGUUGACCAUGCAGCCGAUUUCAUUGGAACCGGAGCAAAUGCCGUUGCUGAUUUAGCGAAUGGCAUUUUAGGUGGUAUUUUCGGAGAAGAAGAACUAGAGACGAGAGGGGCAGGCCGCGUAAAGGCAGGAAUGGCCCUGUCGGUGUUCUCGGAGUAGAAUAAAUUAAGCGGAGGUAACGGAAAAUCACCUUUACUUGGCUAAUUGGACACCAUUGACCAUCGUGCUGAUGGGAUGAUUCAAAAAGGACUGCAUCGCGAUACCGGACAUUAUUACAAAUAAUACAUUAAAAACUAAACCACAUUUCAAGGGCUCAAAUUAACUUAAAUAUACAUAUUUUGGAUGAACAUAAUAUAUAUAUAUAUCAGGUUUUUUUAAAUAUGGGUUCAUUAUUUUAUCAAGCAUGCCUGGCUGCAAGUUCUUUUUAAUGUUUUUGAAAAUAUGAUUUAUCAACAUUUGUUAUUACUUUUAGCUUCAUUAUAACCGUAAAAA